AUGACCUCAUCGGGAAAAAUAACUAUCUCAAUUGAUAGAGGUGGCACCUUCACAGACGUUCACGCUAUUGUGCCUGGUCGCUCGGAUAUUAUCUUGAAGUUACUCUCGGUAGACCCUACACACUACCAAGAUGCGCCAACCGAAGGUAUUCGCCAAAUUCUCGAGCUUGUUACAGGAGAGCCGCAUCCCCGUGGCCGACCAUUAAAGCUUGAUUGUAUAGGCUGCCUUCGAAUGGGUACCACGGUUGCUACAAAUGCAUUACUGGAGCGAAAGGGGGCCCGUUCAGUAUUAUUCACGACUAAAGGUUUCCGAGAUCUUCUUAAGAUUGGCGAUCAAUCCCGUCCUGCAAUAUUCGAUCUAUCUAUGGCACGACCUGGAGUGCUUCCGGAGAGGGUCGUUGAAGUUAAUGAGCGAGUGGUUCCUUGCCACCCAAAUGCAAGCACCGAUUGCUUUCCUGAUGCUCGUAUGGUCGAAGGGAUCACUGGCGAGAAAUUCCGAGUCGUGCAAGAACUGGACUUGGAACAUGUACGAGCCGAGCUUCAAAGGCUCAAAGAACAGGGCUAUCAGUCGCUAUCGGUGGCACUUGUGCAUUCAUUUGCCUACCCGAAUCACGAACUCCAAAUUGGGGAAAUUGCCGAAGAGAUGGGAUUCUCUGUGACACUGUCCUCCAAGUUACAACCGAUGAUUAAACUGGUGCCCCGAGGAAUGUCUGCCGCCGCUGAUGCGUAUCUUACGCCAGUCAUAAAAACCUAUAUCGACUCCAUUUCCUCAAGCUUCGAAGGUGGAUUGGAAAGGCAACAAGAUUGUCGCUUUGAAUUCAUGCAAUCGGACGGAGGGUUGGUUGAUUUUCGGAAGUUCAGUGGUCUGAAGGCUAUUCUUUCCGGUCCUGCAGCUGGAGUUGUAGGAUUCGCUGCGACAAGCUGGGACCCUCUUGAAAAGACCCCAGUGAUCGGGUUCGACAUGGGUGGCACUUCUACCGAUGUAUCUCGAUUCGAUGGCCAUCUGGAACAUGUCUUUGGAUCAAAAGUAGCCGGUAUUUUGAUUCAAUCACCCCAGCUCGAUAUCAACACAGUGGCUGCUGGCGGUGGCUCGAUCCUGUCUUGGCGCAAUGGCCUCUUUUAUGUUGGCCCUGAAUCCGCCAGUGCACACCCUGGUCCAGCUUGCUACCGCAAAGGUGGCCCUUUAACCGUAACCGAUGCCAAUCUUUUCUUAGGCCGAUUGCUUCCUGACUACUUUCCCCACAUCUUCGGGCCCGAUGAAGAUCAACCCUUGGAUACUGAAAUCACAGCGCAGAAAUUCCACGAACUGACAGAAAAGGUGAAUGUUGAGCGCCGCCAAAACUCCCAGCCAGAAUACAGCCCAGAGGAGAUUGCGCUUGGGUUUCUCAAUGUUGCUGAUGAGUCGAUGGCCCGACCCAUCCGUAAUCUUACCCAAGCUCGCGGCUUUGAGACCUCUUCGCACCACCUCGCUUGCUUUGGAGGAGCUGGUGGCCAACAUGCUUGCUCAGUUGCUGCAUCGCUAGGAAUAUCUCGAAUUAUUAUCCACAAGUAUUCUUCCGUUCUAUCGGCAUAUGGCUUGGCCCUUGCUGAGGUGGUGAAGGAAUCACAAGAGCCAGUGUCAUCUGACUAUAUUUCAUCACACUCCGCCCUUCUCAAUCGUUUUGACACCAUAGCAGCUGCUUCAACAGAGGAAAUGCAAGCCCAGGGCUUCUCCGCCAGCCAGGUGCGACAUGAGAAAUACCUCAACAUGCGAUACGAAGGUUCCGACACCAGCCUUAUGAUCCUACAACCAGAGGGCUCAACGGAUUUUCUUGGUCAAUUCAGGGAACGCCACCGUCGCGAAUUCAACUUUAACUCCGAGCGACCGGUUCUGGUUGAUGAUAUUCGCGUACGCAGUAUUGCUUCGAGUAAGAUUCGCACGGAACGUAGUCCGUUGGUUCAAUUGAAGGACGCUAGCAUGAAGGAUGUUUCUAUUCCUCCUGCCAACACAACCGCUGCUUACUUUGACGGUAAUUCGACGAGCCGUACCGAAACACCUGUGUACUUGCUAGAUCAAUUGGAGAAACACAGUCGCAUUUUUGGCCCUGCAGUCAUCAUUGAUCAGACACAGACAAUCGUCGUUGCUCCCAACGCUGUCGCAAAUCUCUUGGAAACUUGCAUUGUCAUUGACUUGAAGGACAAGUCAACCUCGCAUACAGAGCAACCUGUAUCAGAAAUUGAUCCCAUCCGUCUCACCAUCUUUGGCCAUCGUUUCAUGUCAAUUGCUGAACAAAUGGGUCGAACUCUGCAAAAGACAUCAGUAUCUACCAACAUCAAAGAACGAUUGGAUUUCUCUUGUGCCUUGUUUUCCCCAGACGGUGGACUUGUUGCAAAUGCCCCACACGUUCCUGUUCAUCUGGGGUCAAUGCAAUUUGCUGUACGCUACCAGCACCAGAAGUGGCUGGGAAACUUGAAGGAUGGAGAUGUACUUGUCGCUAACCACCCUAGCUGCGGUGGUACCCACCUCCCAGAUAUCACGGUGAUCACGCCGGUCUUUGAUCGCCCCGGUGGUACCGAAAUCAUGUUUUAUGUCGCCUCGCGUGGCCACCACGCCGAUAUUGGAGGUAUCCUGCCCGGGUCGAUGCCACCCAAGUCCACUGAGCUUUGGCAGGAAGGUGCCGCGAUCGAGGGAGACAAAAUUGUCAGCAACGGUGUCCUAGACGAGGAUCGCCUUAUUGAACUGCUGGUCACCAAACCCUCGCAAUACCCGGAUUGCUCUGGUGCACGGUGCAUCAGCGAUAAUCUGUCAGAUCUAAAAGCCCAGAUUGCAGCCAACACUCGUGGAAUAAUCUUGAUCCAGAGUCUCUUUGCCGAAUAUGGUGUCGAGACUGUGCAAAAAUACAUGUAUGCCAUUCAGGCCACAGCCGAGACAGCCGUGCGAAAUCUACUCAAGGAUCUGCAUCGCAAGUUUGGCGGACAGCCAUUAGAAGCGGUGGACUACAUGGAUGACGGCACUCCUAUUCGGCUCAAGGUCACCAUUGAUGGAUCUAAUGGAUCUGCUGUUUUUGACUUUUCGGGAACCGGUUCCCAGGUAGAAGGCAAUUGGAAUGCGCCCAUCUCCAUCACACAUUCAGCCAUUAUCUAUUGUCUACGAUGCAUGAUCAACGCUGAUGUUCCUCUCAACCAAGGAUGCUUAACUCCAAUUGACAUUCAAGUGCCAUCACCUAGUCUACUGUCGCCCAGUAAGACUGCCGCUGUAGUAGGUGGCAAUGUUCUCACUUCUCAGCGAAUCACGGACGUUGUCCUCAAAGCAUUUUCAGCUUGUGCAGCGUCUCAGGGUUGCUGCAAUAACCUGACAUUCGGAACCAAUACCGAGUUCGACCCCAAUGGUGCAGUGAUUACCCCAGGAUUUGGCUACUACGAAACGAUCGCCGGUGGUAGCGGAGCUGGCCCUACUUGGAAUGGCGAAUCAGGCGUCCAAGUCCACAUGACCAACACGAGAAUCACCGAUCCAGAAAUCCUAGAGAAACGCUAUCCAACCAUGCUUCGUCAGUUCACAUUGAGAGAUGGGUCAGGUGGUCGGGGUAAGCACCCUGGCGGCGAAGGUGUAAUUCGUGAUAUCGAGUUUCUUGCCCCGAUGCAGUGUUCAAUUUUGUCAGAGCGACGGGUUUACCGACCGUACGGGCUAGAAGGUGGUGAGGAUGCUCAGACUGGUCUCAACCAGUGGAUUACGCGAGACACGGAGACUGGCAAGGAGCGUCAAGUCGAUAUCGGUGGCAAGAAUACUGUAUCUGUGAAAACGCAUGACCGAGUGGUCAUCAUGACAGCGGGUGGUGGCGGAUGGGGUGCUGUCUGA